AUGAUCUCUUGUGUUUUUCAUCACGGCUUCCAAAGCUCGUCAGUGGCUGACGGGCCUGUUAUGUGUAUGGAAGCCUGCGUGGAUCACUGUCCGCAGCCAGAGGCUCGGCGACCUCCCCCGAGCCCUCUGGAACUGGAAUGCUGCAAGAGCCCGAACCUGGAGAUGCUGCGCAGGUUGAGUGACGCUCCUACCAAGGCUCCGAUCUACGGCCUCUCUGUGGACCCCCCGGAGCUACCGGAGUCCCCGGAAAGCGGAGGUGGGACUUGGGUUGUAGGGUUUAGGGCUUAG